AUUCUACAAAGUGACAAUGUUGUCAACAGUCUUUCUGCUGACGUUCAGCUUAGGUUGUGCGCCUGUAUCGUCAGAGAUGUGUGACGAAUAUAUUAUCACUAGAAUAGAACGGGAACUCAGGGACCUGAGAAAUGAUCUGCAACAUGACAUCACAGAUUUGAAUAGAGACAUUAAAUUUGGUACAACAUUCACACGUUGGGGAAGAAAGAAUUGUCCACAAAAAUCUUCAUUGAUAUAUGACGGUUACAUGACUGGAAAAAAGCAGAAUCGAAAUGGAGGAGGCUCUAAUUAUUUAUGUCUUCCUAAAAACCCAGAGUACACAAACCUGCAAUCUCCAAAUAUAGCAAGGAACUUGUACGGUGUUGAGACCGAUAUUAAUGGCUUUCAUCCAGACAUUGCAAACAAAGAUGCAUCAUGUGCCGUCUGCAUCACGACAAAUAGAGCCUCGGUUCUGAUGAUACCUGGUCGCAAGUCAUGUCCUGCUGGUUGGAAUGUUGAAUAUUGGGGUUAUUUAAUGUCGGAAGGACAGAACAGUGCAUGGCAGCCGACUGAACACGUGUGUGUGGAUAACAAACCAGUUGGUGUUCCAGGGGGGGAUAGAGAUAAUGGAGAUUCUGUUGUUUACUUGGUUGGAGGAAUGUGUGGAUCACUGAAAUGUCCUCCAUAUGUCAACGGGAAACCUUUGACAUGUGUUGUUUGUUCAAAGUAACUUAAAUAAAAAUGUUUGAAAUUU